AUGUUGGAAGAAUUCGAGUGUCUUGUUAGGAUUCCUAUGAAGAAUAAGCCACUAUUUGAAGGGAUAGAUGAAUCUUUGCCCCUUGAGAUCAUUGCUAGCACGCUUCACAUGGAUGAAAAGGAAGUAGAGGCUAACCUGGAGACCAAAGGGAAUACCAAAGGAUUUUCGCUAAGUUUUCUCUUGGAAAGAGCUCAUACCCUACUAAAAGCAGAAAGUUGGGACACUUGUUACUCUGCUAUUGCGUUGGGCAUCUAUGGCAUCGUCCUGUUUCCAAAUAUGGAUGGUUUCAUAGACAUGGCUGCUAUUUUCGUUUUCCUUGUUGGAAACCCAGUAUCCACCUUGUUAGCUGAUGUUUACUAUUACAUGAGCCAUAGGUAUACCAAGAAGAAAGGAAUGAUUGCUUGUUGUGCUCCUUUAUUAUAUCAGUGGUUUCUAGAACAUCUUCCAAAGACAGGAGCUUGGGUUGAACAGACAGAUGUUAGUUGGCCUAAGAGAUUGGGAUCGCUCAGAUCCGAAGAUCUUUCUUGGUAUUCCAAAGAAUACAUCAACAUGGACAUCAUAUUCAGCUGUGGACAUUUCCCUAAUCUACCACUUAUUGGAACUCAAGGAUGCGUGAAUUCUAACCCGGUUCUAUCACUAAGACAACUUGGCUACCCAAUGGAAGGCCCUCCAUAG